UCGCCCGCUUUGGAUAUUUAUUAAAGCGCCAUGAUCAUUUCACACUUAACACGCGUUGGCAUAGUCGCGCUCGUCGCUUUAGUAUUGCACCAGUAUUACUGUCACUGUCAGACGCACCUAGAGGAGCAGAGUUUUAGCAGAGCUGACUGCAAUUUGAUCGCAGCGCAGAACGCAUGCAAUUGCACAUAUGACGCGAAGUACGAAUCAGCGAAAAUUUUUUGCCGCAGCGCGGAUGAGCGCACUGAAAUAUGGAUAUCUAUUUAUGAAAGGAGCUCUGUGGACAUAACUUGCAGACACGCAGGCGAUUCCUACGCCGUCAUUACUGAGGAAUUAUUAGCGCGUUUGCCGCGCCUAGGCAGCAUAAGCAAAGCCGAUUUCUUGGCCAUACAUGAGUGCGUGCCAUUCACGCCGCUGUUAGCGCGUUUGGGGUUAACGCAAAAUGAAGUACUACAUAUUGAUGGUCUGGGCAAAUUAACGCAAUUAACGGCGCAGAGUUUUGGUCACAACAGGAGCUGCUUGCAGAGCGUUGUCGAUUUGGAGCUAUCAGCGCAACCUGCCGGAGCACAAGCAGGGCAGCGCCUAAAUGCUGACAUAUUCACUGAUUUUUCAAAUGUGCGCACAGUAAAAAUCGACUUAAACAUCACACAACUGGACGAGCGCAUAUUUUUACCGCUUGUCGCUACGCUCAAUGAUUUUACGUUCCUUGCCAAAUUGCGCGAAUUUCCCAGCGCCGCUAUGUCACCGCUCCACCAGCUCCGUGUGCUGAUGUUGAUGCGUCAUCAAUUUGGUGAUCGUUUACGUGAAGACGAUUUCGCGCCGUUCAGAUUAUUGGAAUAUCUUACGUUGCUCAACUGUAACAUAACCAAGCUGCCAGCGCGCAUCUUUGCAUCACUGCCAGCGCUAAGACAUCUCACUUUGAACAAAAAUGAGCUGCGCGCAUUGCCGCCAUCACUAUUUGUGGCGCAAACGCAACUACAAAGCUUAGAUUUGGGCGAUAAUCAAUUAGCCUCACUGUCGCGCACACUGUUUCACCCUGCCACAAAACUAACGAGCUUAACUUUAAGCCGCAAUCGCUUUGUUAAGUUAAGCGCGGAAAUGUUGCCGCCACUAGGCGCGCUCACAUGACUAAGUCUGGACAAAAACAUGCUACAAACUAUUGCAGCUGAUAGUUUUGCGGACGCGAAGCACUUGCAGUUUCUGGAACUCGACAACAAUCGGUUGAAUUGGUCUAGUGCUGAGUCGUGUGCCGUGCUCGCUGGCAUGUCCGGCUUAUCUACACUUAUCUUACAAAAUAACACGCUGCAGCAUAUAUGCGAACCGCUGCUUGCGCCCAAUAAUACGACCGUCAUCAGGAUGAGCAUUUUGUUGAACAUGAAUUGGUGCCGGGCCUGGAGCAGGGUACACCCGCCUUUAAGGUGUGCAUACA